CAACGACAACCAGAGAACCGCACCCGCAUUUACCAUCUGCACAGCUCUGUUUUACCCGGGCGGGUGCGCGGUGAGCGGCAAAUAAACGCGGGCGAAUGGAGAGAACCGGCCGGCAGCCAACACCAACAGUGAAAGCUCCUGGUGCGCGUCGUGAGCGUCUCACAGUUUCAACCGGUCGUCUCAGCUGUGCGUCACAUGUCCCCAUUUUCACCCUCAAUAUUUCACGUUUCAGACACGAGUGGAGUACUCAGUGAAUCCAGGGAUAAGUGAAUCAUAAGCGGUUUCUACGGCCUGUGAUUUUUUAUGUAUUAUGGUGAAGCGUGUGGGCUUGGAUUUUGGGAAUUAUGAGUGCGUGAGAAAUUACGUUUUUGUACCGGUUAAUAUACAUUUGUAUCGCCUAACCGGCACCAUUUGCCGACACGCGUCUCUGUGUGACGCUUUUGAAUUCGACGGUUGAAUAUUGCGGAUAAUUUUUGUGAGAUAUUGGUGAAGUGACGAUUCUGAUGGUAAUUGAUGACAGUAUUGAUGGUAGUGAUAUGUGUGGGAUGAGGGAAGAGGAAAAUUGAUAAUGAGGGCAUGUGUUGAUGGACAGGUUCUCGCUUUUUGAUAGUUUUCGGUGAUUUUUUUUUUUUGGUUCUUUUUUUUUAAUCAAUUAUUGAGUUGGUGAUUGAACUUGUGAAGUGCUGGUGGAAUAAACGAACUCCAGUGGAUUUAGUCCGCUUUUGGGAAUACAUGAUCAGCGAAUCAGUGGUUUAUUGUUUUAUUGUGUGGAAGACUGAGUGAAUAAUUAGUAAUGAUGUCGGUCGGUAAGCGUUUGGCAAAACGUAGUAUAAUUGGUUCACGAGUUGCAGCACCUGGUACUGAUGGUAAAUAUUACGGUGGAACAAUUCGUGCUAUUAAGACACCGGCAUCAGCAACUGGUGAUGCCGGUUUGAGUCUUACUCCUGAGACACUUUAUUCAGUGAAAUUUGAUGAAAUUGGUGGAAAACAACCGCCCAUUUCUACAACAGAAUAUCUUGAACGUGAUCUCAUUGGACGUGGAUUUGGAUGUAUCAAUCAUGUACGUCUUCUACCUGGACAGACCGUUUAUUUUACUCACAAUAGUAGAGAAGUUAAGGCUGAGGUUAUACAGCAUAAAGAACAUCAGAAGGAAGUUGAGGUGAAAAUUCUACCGACUAAAGACAGAAAGCUUCCGAUGAAUGUGAUGAAACGUAUCGGGCAGUUACGUUUGCUGGCCUGUCGCAAGAGUCCACGAUUGGCUGAUCAAAAAACGGAUUUCGCGAAGAUGGCUGAUAUGAAUAGUGAUCGUAAACGCGCUACGUCAGAUUCUAUUGAUGUACCACACGUACCUGGAUCGAGGAAGAGACGACCAAGCUCGAGAAACUCCUCAGAGCGAUCUUGGCCUGAGAAUAAUAAUAGUAACAGCGCAAGUCCAACUGAUAUGGGAGAUGAGCACAUGUGUGUACGAGAGGGAUGUACUAAUCAAGGAGAUCAUGGUGCUUGUAUGGAUGAUUGCACAGCAGCAGUUGCAUUACUCUCACUGCUUCAUUCAUCAGUCAGUCCCAAAAAUGUACCCUCACCGAAUCCCUCCGAGCCCAGUUUCGGCACAGCAGGUACCUCAAACAGCAGCAGCAGUAGCGGUUCAUGGCGCAGUACCCCAUCACCAGUGGUCCUGAGCGCUGGUGCAUCACCAACAGAAGUAUCAGCAUGGCCAUCAUCUAGCCAUGCAAGUGGCUCGCCAACUAGCAUCCCAUCAUGUUCAUCUUACGGUAGCAUGCCAGGAUCUUCAGGUAGUACACCUGGAUCUUCAGUGAGUAUACCAGGAUUAUCUGGUAGUAUUCCUGGUUCCUCUGGCAGUACACCAGGAUCUUCUCUGAUGCUGGAUGAAGGGGUCUGCCUUCCUGAUUUUGACAUGCGUCUAAAAGAGAAGAAUAAAAGGAAACCGACUAAAAAACUCGUUGCCAAUCCACGAAAACCCACACAACCAACGCAAGGCUAUAUUUUUGAAGAUUGCGGUCGAGUAAGUAAAAUAUUUAUUUACCAUAAAAAAUAUUUCAUACACCGUUAACUGGUGUUGCUAAGC